CAGGUGUUCCUAACAAUUCUUUAGGUGAGUGUAUAUUAUAUGCUUGUAUCUUUUAUCUUGCAGAGAAUGGUAAAGAAGGGGUAUGACCGUACCAGGCGGCAUGACUCAAAAAAAGAAAUAGUUCGCAGCAUACAACAAAUGCUGAGAGAAAAAUUCGCCCGCGAGCACUCUGAAAGUGCAAUAGUAAAGAGGUGGUCGGACCUAAAAAGGCGAGACCCAGAAUUCGUCAGAGAAAUAUCUGAAAGAGUCUGCCCCGGCCAGCCUGUUCCAACAGUGCGCUCAACACCUGCGCACCGGGAUAUCCACGUGGUGGAGGUCUCUGAGGAGGAGGAAGAGGAGGCAGGCCCCCCCACCGCGAUGGAGACGAGCGACACUGCUCCCCCAGAUGUCGCCGAACAUGUGGAGGUGGAGGUGGAGGAGGAAGGCGGUCCCUCUCAACCCCACACCUCACCGGCUGCCGCAAUACCUCCGGCCGAGGUGACCGAGGAGGAGGAGGAGCAAGAGGUGGCCGCACAGUCAGAGGAGGAGGAGGAGCUUGUGACCACCCCACAGCAGGAGGUCAUCUUAAAAAUGAACCAAAGGGAGCUGUCCUCAUACUUUACUCAGAAAAAGAAAGGACCAGAUUUGACUCUGGAGGGAUUUGAACCUAAAAACCUUGAAUAUCAAUGCUAUUAUGAACAUACCAUGAAUUCUGAAAAAUAUCUUCAAGUGGGCAAUCUUUUAGAGACAUUCGAGAAAAGCUCAGCUUUAAAUGGCUCAUUUCACUUCUUAGUUACAAGAUAG